CAAGUCUGAAGUGAAGAAGAAGAUUUUAUUUGGUUUGUUGUGUUGUUGUGUGUCAAUCUAUUUUUGUGAUACAAAAAUAAGUCAGACCGAGUAAAGGGACUCACUUCUCCCGUCAAAAUGGCGAACCAGGAAGCUGCCCAAGUAAUGUCUCUGCCACUACCACCGGCACAGUACAUAAAUCUAUUCAGCGACGAAAAUGUGCGAAAAAAUAGAGUGCCCCGUCAGCCACCCCCAUUCGACAAUUACUCCAUGUUCGGCAACACAUUCAACAAUGAGGAAAUGAUCCGAUCGCUGGAAAGCCAGGGUUUCAAACGACUCAUUCCCAAUCAUUUCGAUCGACGCAAGGAGCUGAAAAAGCUCAAUCAUUCGCUGUUCGCCAACUUUCUGGACCUGAUCGAUCUGCUGAUUCAUUUUCCCGACAGCCCAAGACGAACCGAAAAAAUCGACGAUCUGAGUUUACUGUUUGUGCACAUUCAUCAUCUGCUGAACGAAUUCCGACCGCAUCAGGCUAGAGAAACGUUACGCGUCAUGAUGGAAAUGCAAAAGCGAACACGAAUUGAAACGACGACCCGAUUUCAACGGCAUUUGGAAAAUGUACGAGAUAUGGUCAAGACGGCAUUCACAUCGCUACCGGACGUGGACAUGGAGAACAAUAAAUUUAUGCCGGUGGAAAUGAUGGACGAGGAUAAAGUUGAUAAGUCGAGCGAAAAUGAUAGUUGCAUUGAUCCAUUGGAUCGCCUAAUGUGUAGUAUAGUUGACGAAAUGUAAAUUGGAGGCUUUCGAAUAUUGAGAAAAGAAUGAUUUUUUCGUACUUCUGA